AUGGUGCUGCUGGGGUUGUACAUCCUGUUCAUCACAGGGUCGAGCGAGUUAGUCUGUUACACUGCAGUGGAAUCACUGGACUUAGGUUGCCUCCUGCAGUGGGAUUGUCCCCAUGCCAGUCCUAAUACCACCUACACUGUGCAGACAAAGACGCAGGGGGACCCGUGGCAGGAUGUGCCAUGGUGCAUCUGGAUCUCGUCCCGAAGCUGUGACAUCUCUCAGGUCUUCUCAAACUUUGAGCUCUACAACAUGAUUCGCCUUGGUGUUCACCUCAGUCCCAGCUCCACUGUGUGGCUCAAACCACGCAAGUUUGACUACAGUGACUUCAACUUCAGUCCUCCUUCUGUUUCCGUCUCUUUGAAAGACGACCAGAUGGUGGUGCAGGUGCACUUCCCCUGUGCUGCCAACAGGAGGUGCUCUCUGGAGAGGUGCUGUCCCAUCUCUAAGUUGAUUGAUCCCUGGACCACAGUGACUGUGUAUACUGAGCAGAGUGGUGCAGAAUACCAGAGCCGCACAGUCUGGACUCAGGAGGUCGUGUCGUAUGUGGAGUUCUCCGGUUUGCCUCUGGGUCAGAAAUAUUGUGCUGAGGCCAACUUCUCCUUCCCAACCUUUGCCAUGGCGGCUUCACCGAAAUCAGCCCCUCAGUGCGUUGAAACAGUCGCCAGUUCAGGGCUGCUGCCAGCGCUGUGUAUGGGAAUCGGGCUGACUUCCCUUCUUCUUUUCCCAAUUCUCAUCAUGUAUCUACGAAAAUCAAGACAAGCUACACCAGCCACUGAGAAUCAGCCCAAGGCUCCGUCGUCUGUUCAAGAGCCGAUCCCUUUGGUUCCUCUGUCCCCGGGUAUAGUUGACCCUUGUGAGAUCCACUUGGAGUUUAUUCCUGACCAUGUUUCCACUGAGCCCUUUUCUGGCAUUGUGUCCAAUCAGAAUCUAAAUCACAAACAGGGAAGCAUGCACUCCAGCAAUCGUCUCAAUUAUGACACCAAAUCGGAUGAAGUGUACUGGGACAGCGGAGGGAUGGAGCUAGAUCGCGGCCUGGACUCUGGUAUCAGCAUCCCACCUGUUUCUCGCUCUUCUGAAGAGACAUGUGAGCCCCAUGGAGACUGA